CGGUCGGAUCGCUCACUGAAAACAGCUGAUAAGUGGAGACCCACCAUCGCCGAUAUGUCCAAGAACUGCAUGAUAACGUUCGAUCAGAAUGAGCACGGUACCUAUUUCACCGGCCAGGUGGUAACCGGGAAAGUGAUUGUUAAUCUGACAAAGACCAAGAAACUGCGUGGAAUCAAACUGCAAAUCAGUGGCUAUGCCUUGGCCCAAUGGAGGGUUCGAAGACGUGGCAAAGCCAUGCCCAUACAGAAUCCAAAGAAGAGAACCAAAAACAUGUUCAGUGGACGCGAGGAUUACAUAGCCUCCACCACAUAUCUGAUGGGAUCGGAGCAGGGCAGCUGUUUCAACAUUGAUGCGGGCACAUACACCUACACCUUUGCCUGUCCCAUACCCAACCACUGCCCAUCGUCCUUCGAGGGUGCCUACGGACACAUACGGUACCUGGCAAAGGUGACGUUUCUGAAGGCAGGAGCCUCAAACCGCACCCACAAUGUGGGCUUCACUGUACUCAAACUAUUGGAUCUGAAUCAGGAGAGUAAGAUGCUCCGCGAACCGGCGAGCAAUGAGGCCCUUGAAUACUUCUGCAUGAUGCACACACAUCCCGUGGAACUGAAGGUGACACUGCAGCAGCAGGGCUAUGUCCCGGGACAGUUUAUGCUAAUCCACGCCCAAGUGCGCAACGACUCCAGUUCCGAUUGCAAGAAGCUGUUGAUUAUGAUCCAUCUGCGGUCCACCUACACGGCGGAUCAACCCUCGCUACGCACCACCUCCGAGAAGAUCAUGUUGGUCAAGCGUGAAUGCGGACCCGUGGCCCAUCACGCCCAGAAGAUAUACACGGAGACGCUGCGCAUACCGGCCACGGCCCCCACCUGCGAGCACCUCAGCAAGGUGGUGAGGGUGUCCUAUGAGGUGCGAGUGGUGGCCGUAAUGAAUUGGUUGAUGCCCAACCCGAGGGUCGUCAUACCCAUUACCAUUGGCAAUGUCCCACUGACCACAGCGGGUCCUUCGUUCCCUCAGACGCCCCUCCCAUCGGAUUUGCCCUGCACUUCCACACGAGCCAUGGAACUCGCACAAAUGGGAGUGGGAGGAGGAAUGAAUAAUUCUGGCUACGAGCGGACUGAAUCACUGGAAGAUUUCGAGCUGCCAGAGGAUGGCGAUGAUGAGCUGGAAACAGCCGAUGAAUUCGUUGCAGAUUUACCUCCUCCAACAUAUGAACAGGCUAUUUUCAUGUCCACCGACAUAGCCGACACAGAUGCCAAUACCGUGAGCGAAGCCUCCCAGUUUACGCCCCGGUAUCCCGUCUUCGAUGUGGAUACCUUCCAGACCCCACCACCAAAUCCUCCACAGAAGAAGAGACGUCGUCGUCGCCGAAGACCCGCCGAUCCGGGUCAGCAAAAAUCAAAUCCGGAGAAGCAACAGCUGGAGAAGCAACCAGUCGAGUCCCCCGUGCAGAUUUGA